CCUGGCAACGACGUGUUGUCGCGUAGCAUGGCGACGACGAAUUAGCUUGCUAGCAGCUAGCGUAACUAGCCGAAAACGCCAUGUUUGUUUUAAACACUGUAUCAAAGAAAUAAACAUUAAAUUAAUGAUGAUUUGUUUAGGUGUUUUGUUUUAGACAGUACAGUGAAUCCUAGCUAACUUGGCUACAUUCAGACAGCUAGUUUAGGUUAGGUUUAGCUUAGGUUAGCUAGCUAGCUGCAGUUACUAGCCGAAUCUUCUGUUUGAGAAGCUGUAGCUUUUUUAUAUUUACACAUCUGAAUGUUAUAUAUUAUAUAUGUAUUUUUUUUUAAUUAUUUAAUAUGAUUUUGGUGAAGAACUGAUCGUUUUUAUUCGCAGUGAGCCUCAGCUAUCAUGAUCUUGUCUCGGGUGAAGCCGGCGCUCGGUGGUGAAAGCUCUCUGAGCUCCAGUGAGAAGAAAAGGAAGAAUAAGAGUAAAAAGGUUCCUCGGGUAGAAGAUUACCUGAACCAGAGAGACUACCUGGGAGCCAUUACGCUGCUGGAGUUCCAGAGGAAUGGUGGAACAGCCGAGGAGAACACGGACCUCUGGAUCGGCUAUUGUGCCUUCCACUUAGGAGACCACAAGAGAGCGAUGGAGGAGUAUAAGACCCUGACCCUGAGCCCUGACUGUGCCCCUGAUGUCUGGGUGUUUCUGGGCUGCGCUCUCUUUUUCCUCGGCCUUUAUAAAGAAGCAGAAGACGCUGCACUCAGAGGACCGAAGAGUCAGCUACAGAACCGACUUCUCUUUCACUUAGCGCACAAGUUUAGUGAUGAGAAGAAGCUGAUGGGUUUCCACCAGAACCUGGAGGACGUGACGGAGGACCAGCUGAGCCUCGCCUCCAUCCACUACAUGAGAUCACACUACCAGGAGGCCAUCGACAUCUACAAACGCAUAUUACUGCAGAACAGGGAGUUCCUGGCGCUGAACGUGUACGUAGCUCUGUGUUACUAUAAACUGGAUUAUUACGACGUGUCUCAGGAGGUUCUGGCCGUUUAUCUACAGAGCGUUCCCGAUUCCACCAUCGCCCUCAACCUCAAAGCCUGCAAUCACUUCAGACUGUACAACGGCAAAGCUGCUGAGGCUGAGCUGAAGAACCUGAUGGACAUCUCCUCCAGCUCGUUUGAGUUCGCUAAAGAGCUGAUCCGACACAACCUGGUGGUGUUCCGUGGAGGUGAAGGAGCUCUGCAGGUUCUCCCUCCUCUCAUCGACGUCAUCACUGAGGCUCGACUCAAUCUCGUCAUCUACUACCUCAGACAGGAUGAUGUUCAGGAAGCGUAUAAUCUGAUUAAAGACCUGGAGCCCACGACCCCUCAGGAGUACAUCCUAAAAGGAGUGGUGAACGCAGCACUCGGACAGGAAAUCGGAUCUAGGGAUCAUUUGAAGAUUGCGCAGCAGUUUUUCCAGCUGGUUGGAGGUUCAGCCAGUGAAUGCGACACUAUCCCGGGUCGACAGUGUAUGGCUUCCUGCUUCUUCCUGCUGAAACAGUUUGAGGAUGUGCUGAUCUAUCUCAACUCAGUAAAGAGUUAUUUCUACACUGACGACACGUUUAACUUCAACUACGCUCAGGCCAAAGCUGCUUUAGGGAACUAUAAAGAGGCCGAGGAGGUGUUCCUGCUCAUCCAGAGUGAGAAGAUCAGGAAUGACUACGUGUAUCUGAGCUGGCUCGCCCGCUGCUACAUUAUGAAUCAGAAAGCUCGGCUUGCGUGGGAGCUUUACCUCAAAAUGGAGACUUCAGCAGAUUCCUUCAGCCUCCUGCAGCUCAUCGCCAACGACUGCUACAAGAUGGGACAGUUUUACUAUGCAGCGAAGGCGUUUGACGUUCUGGAGCGUCUGGAUCCGAAUCCGGAAUACUGGGAGGGGAAGCGUGGAGCCUGUGUGGGAAUCUUCCAGCUCAUCCUGGCAGGACGAGAGCCGAGAGAGAGUCUGAAGGAGGUUUUGCCGAUGUUACGCAGCACGGGGAAUCCGCAGGUCGAGUACAUCAUCCGCAUCAUGAAGAAAUGGGCCAAAGACAACCGGGUCGCUCUGUGACACAUCGUUCAUCAUCUGCAGCGUCGCCGUGUGGAGCGUAAACUCUUCUUCCCUUCAUUCCACAUCAUCAUUUAACCUGUAGAAAGCUUAUUCUGUAACAUAUAUAAAACGUUUUUGUGAAUAAAACCUCAUUUUCAGUCGUGUUGUGUCAGACAGAAGUGUCAAAGACUUUACAAUUUACUUAUAAUACAAAUUAAAAUACUCUUUACAUUAAA